UCCCCUCCCGGGCACGCCGAGAGCCGGGCCCCCGCCGCGACUCGCCGCGCUGACCCCGCGCAUCCCAACCGCGGGCAGGGGGUCACCGGGAGGCCGGGGCGCAGAGAGCCCGGCCCCGCCAGCCGCCAAGCCAGCAGCCCCGCUUAAAUACCUCCGCGCCCGCCUCCCUGAGCCGCACAGCUCGCCGGGCGAGGGGCCGACAAGAGCCAGCCUCCUCCCGCCACCGCCGCCGGGGACCUGCGCGCCCGCGUACCGCCGCCGAGGAGCAGAGACAGGGCGGCCCCAUGCCUGCGCACUUGCUGCAGGAGGAGGAGUUCUCCUCCGCUUCCAGCACCACCGUCGGCACCGUCACCUCCCGGGUGACCAGGAAUGGAGAUGCCGUCACGGAGAAGGACUUCCUCAAUCACGAGGAGCUGGCAGGAGACCGGGGCAUGAUAGACGAUAUCUUUGAUGAGACCUACCGGGAGAAAGAGGGCCCCAAGCCCCCCAUGCGAUACGUCUGGAGGAAUAUCAUCCUCAUGAGCCUGCUGCAUCUAGGGGCCGUAUUCGGGUUGAUGCUGAUACCUUCUGCAAAGAUCCAGACGCUGGCAUGGGGUAAGCACCUUCCUCCAUUUGUUUCUUGGCAUCUGCAAGCCCCUUAUGGGUCGAGGUGGUAUUUUUGUUUUCCUCCAGGCCCACACACUCGGGGAGGAGAAAGAAGGAAGUAGAAGCCUUCUGUUAGAAGCAGCUACUCAGCCAGCUUUGCAGCAAGCUGUGGGAGGGCUUGCUAGUGUCUCUUGUAAGGUCAUGCAUGAGAGGGAACGAUUUGGCAGGGGACUGCUUGGCUGCUUAGAGAGCAAACUUGAUUCACAGGCAUCAGGCUUGGAAGUAGCCCGCACCCGAAUGCACGGCCACUUCUAGGGUGAAGCAUAGAAAAUGUUUGAUGGAGUACUGACAGUCCCAGAAAGUUAGGGAGAAAGAUGCU